UUACAUUAUAUACAAUCGGAAAAACAAAUAAUUGAUAGAGCUAGAACUAUCGAUUAGUUGUGAAGUUUUGGGCAAUUAUAUUUACAAGAACCUUAUUAGAGCAAAAAGUGUUGACAAUUGUGUUUACAAAUGAAAAGUACCUUAGAUGGCGGAAAUACAAAAGUUUUUGCUAAAGCAGUGCAAUCACUUUCAAAGUUCGGAGGCGACUUAUUCAUUGAAGCUAAUAUUGGUGGAAUGCAGCUUCGCACUCUGAAUCCAACUAAAUCUGCUGUUGGAACAUAUCGUUUUAGCAGAAGCUUCUUCGAUUGUUACGAGGUCGACCAAAAUGAAGAAAGUUUUUGUAAACUUGAUAUGAGGGCUUGUCUCACCGUGUUUAGAAAUACAAAACAGGUUGAACGGUGUGAUAUGGCUCUCUUAAACGACAGAACAAAGUUUCAGAUACAAUUAAAAUGCCAACAUGAAACUUUGAAGAAUACGUUUAUUUCAGUUGAUGACGAAGAAAAUAUUACCGCAGAAAUGGCACCAGAAAACAACUGCAACACUAUUUGUGGUUCACAUAAAAUAUUCACUGAAAUAUCCAAUAACUUUAAUCCAGCGGAAGAAGAAAUUACUUUGGAAGCACAAGAGAAGAAAGUAAAUGUUAAGAACUAUGUUGAAGGAUCGAGAGUUAAUGAAAAAUUUAUGAGGUCUCAAUUGCAAUUGAACGCCGAUGAGUUCGAAAAGUACAAAAUUGAAAAAGAAACGUGUAUAACAUUUUGUUUAAAAGAGUUAAGAGCGUUUCUUAUGUUUGCUGAGGCCUUAAAUGAAAGCUUGUGUUUGCAAUUCGAUGGAGCCGGAAGUCCAGUUUUUGUGGGUAUAUCCCAUAGAGAUGAAAUUAGUUGCAUACUUAUCAUGUCUACCUUAUCACCAGAAGAGGUAAGUUUUUAUGACAAUUGUCAAGAAAGUGAAGUCCAAGAAUGCACAACUUCAAAAGCAAGCCAAAAGCGGAAGUUAAAAACAUCGAAGGUACCUCAUCAAUCUAAAAACAUUAGAAGAGUUAUGGACCAGAAGUGCAUUGCUGAGGAUACGACCCUCAGCAAUAGUUCAUCAUUAUUUGGAUUUGUAAACAAUAGUAGUGCACGGAAUUACCCGUCGUCUGUUGCUGUCCCUCGUAAUCUUAAUACAUCUGUCUCGACAUCUAGCUUCGAUGAGAUUAGUCUUUUAACGCCAACAUUAUCUGGAGAAAUAAACCGAAUGCACAUGUUUGAUAAGAAUGUUGAUCCCGUUGUCAGCAAAGUUGUACAUAACGGAGAUAACGACGAUUGCAUUCCUGAAUCACCAAAGCGCGAAGGGAGAACUAAUUUGCGAUCUAUAUUUUCUCGUUGUUUUCAAUCAACAUAUGUGCCAGUGGAACCUUCAACGAGUGGACAAAUAUUUGCACUUGAUUCGGACACAGAAUAAUAAAAAUAAAAUUCCAUAUUUAAAAUAUCGA